AUGCCUCGGGUCCUGCUGAUAACCGCCAACCUGGGCUCUCUUUUCGACGACCUCGGCCGUCUGAGUCAACGCUGGCUGGAGUACAUGGCCAAGGUGAGUGGAAGCGGGCCUACAACGUUACAUUCAGACGGUUCACAGUCAAGCGGCGGACUUUGUGGCCAUUCAUCUGCAGGAAACGGGUGGGAAACGGUUCGAAGAGAACAGCGACAAGGUGGUUCCGUUGAUCUGGAAGCUGCAUGAGGGACUGAGGGACCAGUUCGAGCAUUGCUACGCCUUCCUGGACAUUGAUUUCACGAUCUCCGAACAAUUUACGGUAUUUUUUGAGAUUUUUGAUGAUUUAUGAAAAAAAAAUCAAAAAAAAAUUGAUUUUUUUUAUAUUUUUUUUGUCAGAAAAUCUUGUUAAGACAUUUUUCUGGACUACAAAUUGAUUGUAAAUUAUAAAAAAAUCUCUUUUCAUUGAUAUAAAUACACUUUUUCCACAUUAAUAUCACCUUUUUCAGGCAUUAGGAUCAGUUUUUUUCGUCCGAAGUUCAAUAAAAGACAAGGUGCAGAUCUUCGACUUCAAGAAACGAGUAUUUGAACCCUUAGGGGAGGCAGGAUUGUAUGUAGAGCCCUCAAUAAAUUCGUCGAAUCGGAUACGAAAAGAAAAAUUCUCGCGAGAUUUUUGGCCGGGCGUCAGAUGGGGCCGCAAAGGAUACAUGCAUUCGCGAUGGGCGGUGGAUGGAAAGUAAGGAGGAUUAUUUUUCCAUACUGUUUAGAGAUUUGCAAACUCAUUUUGACCCGAUUUAGGAUUAAAAAAUAAUUUUGAUUUUUUAAAAAUUUUCAAAAAAAAAAAAUUUUUUUCAAAUUGAAAAAAUUGUAUACUACGAAAAAUUAUUUGCAGUAUUUUGGACCUAAUAAACUUGCAUUUGUUCCACGAUGAGUCCAAUCUGGCGUUCCAUGAGAACCCUUUCCAAUACAGCCAGAACCGAAGGAAAGCCAUGAAUUAUAUGCUCCAGAGGUACGAUGAGUUUGCGAAAUCAACGAAAACCGAAGGUUCCGCCAAUUUAUUCUUGUUUGGAGAUUUUAACUUCCGACUCAACGCCAUUUCCUUCCUCAAGGUAUGAGUUUUUUUAUUGUACAUAUUGUAGUAGCUUUAUAUCCAGUUGUUGACAAAAAAAAGAUGUUUUGAGGCCUUAUAUGGUAGAAAAAUUUCAGAAAUUGACUAAACAUGCCAGUGAGCACACACUGGAGACACUCAGCGACUCUGACUCGCCAAAAAAUUCGAGUGAUGACAGUGAUACGGUUUUGAUAAAUGGCCAUCCAAUCCUGGAUAGGCAAUUGUCAGCGAUAGAGUAUCGAAGAGACGAUGAAAAGUAAAAAAAUUUACUUUAUUUUUAAUAAUUUUUACCAGCAUAUUCUUUAAUAAUAAUAUUUUUUUUUAUUUUUUUGCAGUUGCGUUUUGCGAAUCGAGAAGAAGAAAUUCGAAUACGAAAACAGUAAAAACCUGUUGUCAAAUUGGCGAGAAUACAAGGAGGAUGAUCAAGAGCCCAGGGAUUUGCCAUUGAAAGAACUUCCAGUCAGCUUUCCACCAACGUAAGUGGGAUUUGACUUGAUUUGAUGAUAUUAUCCAUGAUUUUUGCACAAAACUUAAUUUUUUUCUGAUUUUUUCGGUCAAAAAACCUAUGCCUUGUUAGUGAGAGUCCUCUAUGUUAUUGAUGACGUCGUAUUCUCAUAGGUUUUAGUGAGAAAUUUUGAAAAUGUAACCGUUUUUAGUCAAAAUUUCAUCAUUUUCAACGGAAACCUUUUUUCCAUAGGUUAGUGGCCGAAAAUCGGCCUAAAUAUUAUUUAGAUUGCAUUAAUAUAUCUCUGACUUCAUUGUCAACAAAGUACAAUUUACUUGAAUUUUUGGUCUACUGUAGUUUUUCCAAAAUUUCCAAUUUUUCCCAUAUUACCCUUCUUUUUGCACUCUCAAGUCCAAAAAUUGUCCGAAUCCCCCCACAGACCUCCCAAACUCAAUCUAAAUUCCUGGAUUCCAGUUACCCAUGGAGUGAGGAUCCGUUGAACCAUAAUCUGCUCACGAAUACACGGAUGCCGGCCUGGUGCGACCGUAUUUUAAUGAACCCGACGGCCUUUUCGGCCCUCUCCAAUCCCAUUUACACCUCGAUUGGGAUGGACCUAUGCAUGGGUGAUCACAAGCCGGUCAUUCUCGCCUUCGACUUGCCCUAG